AUAUUUGUUUCGGCUCGUGAAAGAAAAAACCUGGCACGCACUUGUACAAAAGUCUGGCACAACAUUGCAAACUGCGCUAAGUGAUAAUGUGUGUUUCACUUUCAUUGCCGGUAAAUAUAUUAAGAUCUAAAGAGGAAUAUACUUUUGGAUAUUGGUAGAUUUAUUAGUAAAAGAAGAAAUAGAUAUAUGUAUUAAGAAUUUUGAGGUGUUUUUGGCAUUUGAAUUACUGGGCUUAGCUGAAACGGUUGCUGGUGUGAAUAAAAAUGUAUUCGUCAUGUGAGAGUGCUGUGUUGUUGUUACUGGGGACAUUGGCCGUAUUUCUGGUGUCCAGAAGUGGUGGUCAGUUGUACGUGCUAGAUGAUCAGCUCAGGAAUAAUUCCCAGGCGUUGGAGAAAUGCGUGCAGUUGGGGUUUGAUGGUCUGGCGAUUGUGGACUCGAACCAGACCACAACAACAGCCCUGAAGCUGAUUAAGACACCCGGUGCCCAGCAGUACUGGGUUGGUAUGCACUACUCGGAGAGCCAAAGCAUGCACAUGUGGGACACAGGUAUACCUGUCUCCUGGGCUCUAUGGGCCAGCGAUGAGCCGGACAAUUUGCCAACGGACAAGUGUGUCCGUUUUCGGACAACGCAGUUGUUGGGGACUUUCAGUUGUUCCUCACAGUUCAUGGCCAUGUGCGGGAUGUACACGUGGUUACAGUUCCAAGUCCGCUUCACCCACGGCAAGGCCCCCACCCCCGGGGCUCCCUCUCUCUGGUCCGGCACCGCCAGGUCCCUGGUGGAGUGCGUGACCAGGUGUACGAAGGACAUCCGGUGCCAGCACUGCGCGUACGACAACCGGACUCUCCGGUGCCUCACCCUGCCCGGCAGUUUUGACGUGGUCACUGGCACUGUGACGUCAGAGACUGGACUCAUUGGCACAAAGAACACCGUCUGAAGUGAGCUGGAGCUAAACAAUCCAUUUCACCUGGAAUAACAUUGCUAGAAACUAACUCAAAUAUUGAGAGCAAACACGUUUUGUACUGGAUACAUUCUUAACUAAUUAAUUUAACAU